AUGGUUUCUGAGUUCUGUCCUGUAUAUGCCCCAUUCUUUGGGGCUAUGGGCUGCGUCGUCGCAAUUGUCUUCACUUGCUUCGGUGCUGCCUACGGAACUGCUAAGGCCGGUGUGGGCGUUUGCACGACUGCUGUCUUGCGGCCCGACUUGAUUGUAAAGAACAUAGUUCCGGUUGUGAUGGCUGGCAUUAUCGCGAUCUACGGCUUAGUCGUUUCCGUUCUUGUGGCAAACGAUCUGAAACAGAAUCUCCCCUUAUAUACAGGCUUGGUGCAGUUCUUUACGGGUCUCUCCGUCGGCCUUGCCGGCUUAGCAUCCGGUUUCGCUAUUGGCGUCGUCGGUGAUGCCGGAGUUCGUGGAACAGCUCAGCAGCCAAAACUGUAUGUCGGCAUGAUUCUAAUACUCAUCUUCGCUGAAGUUCUUGGUCUGUACGGUCUAAUCGUCGCCCUUCUCAUGAACUCGCGCGCAAAGGAUGCCCUGGAGUGCAUAUGA